CAGACGCUUAACGACUGCGCCACCCAGGCGCCCCUCAAAUAAAUAAAAUUUUAAAAAAUUCUUAGGAUCAGAUGAAGCAGAAUGAAGGGAGAGACGGCAAGUUACGUCCAUCUCACUUAAACUUUUUUUUGAUGUGGUGCGGUACGCGGGGGUGAGGUGUGUGUUGGGGGGGGUAGAUCCAGGAAGCUUUUCACAAGAGUCUGAAUAAAAACGAUGGCCUUUAUUUUAAAAUGUACAUAAAACAUUUUGCAUCUGUCCUUCGCCUGCCUGGAACCUUCAUUGUGUUGUUGGCUCCUUCUCACCUCCGUCCCACACUCCAUCUACCUCCUUAGUGCUUUGCUGCCCUUAAAGAACAGGUCGCUAUGGAAAAUUAACCUCGCUUCCUAGAAAUCUGCCCUCCCUCCCAUUAGAAAGUAAAUUGCGUGAAAGCGGAGCCCUCUCCCGUCCUGCUCCACGUUGGGUCCUUAGCGCCGAGUUCCACGUCUAACGCUCGAAAGGAGACGGGGGACUGUAGUCCAUGGAACCUCUACAGUCCACCCACAGGAGCAGAGCGGGAAGCCAGCGAUUCCACAGGACACACUCCUGCACAGCUCCGGACUGCCCUUUACAAGCGGAAGACUGGGGAAGACUGCGGCGGCCUGCGCAGGCGCGCUUCUGGCCCCGCCCACGGCGGACGACACCGCGGCCGUUACGGAGCUAAGGCUUCUCGGCGGGCGAUUUAAAACCAGCUCCGGAGAGGGAGAGCGAAAUGGGACCUCCCUACCCAGAAAUCCGUGGGCACCCCCACAGCGCCUCCUCACCUUCAGAACGGGUGUUCUCCAUGUCCCUGCCCCGGAAGGCCCCUCUCAAUACUCCUGGCACCCCCGUCCUGGAAGACUUUCCCCAGAAUGACGACGAAAAGGAGCGGCUGCAGCGGCGGCGCUCGCGAGUCCUGGACCUGCAGUUCAGCGCAGACUCGCCUCACCUGCUAGCCUCCCCGUCCAGCAGGAAUAUUGACACUUCAGCCACGAUUCCUAAGUUUACAAACACACAGAUUACAGAACAUUACUCCACCUGUAUCAAACUGUCCACUGAAAAUAAAAUCACGACCAAGAAUGCUUUUGGCUUGCAUUUGAUUGAUUUCAUGUCAGAGAUUCUUAAACAGAAAGACACCGAACCGACCAACUUUAAAGUGGCUGCUGGCACUCUGGAUGCCAGCACGAAGAUCUAUGCAGUGCGCGUGGACGCAGUCCAUGCUGAUGUCUACAGAGUCCUUGGGGGGCUGGGCAAAGAUGCACCCUCCCCGGAAGAAGCAGAGAGCCAUGAUGCAGAUGGAAGUGCUACUGAAACAGGAACAACCAAAAAGGCUCAAAAGCCAAAGAAGAAGCACUCCUACAAAACCAUCGAGCAGAAUGUAAACAACCUCAAUGUCUCCGAAGCAGAUCGGAAGUGUGAGAUCGAUCCCAUGUUUCAGAAGACGGCGGCCUCAUUCGAUGAGUGCAGCACAGCAGGGGUGUUCCUCUCUACCCUCCACUGCCAUGACUACAGAAGCGAGCUGCUGUUUCCUACCGAUGUCCAGACUCUGUCCAUGGAAGAGCCCCUGGAGCUGCCGGAUUUAGGUUGGGUGGAAAUGACGGAUUUAAAAGUGCCCAUGCAGCAGUGUGUGGAGGACGGCCAGAUCUGCCCUUCCCUGGCCGGGUUCCAGUUUACCAAAUGGGACAGUGAGACACAUAAUGAGUCUGUCUCUGCCCUGGUAGACAAGUUCAAGAAAAACGAGCAGGUGUUUGACAUCAACGCUGAGGUAGAGGAGAGUGACUGCGAGGACUUCCCUGAUGGGCCCAUGGAGGACGACUUUGACGCGAACGAUGGACCUGAACACAGCACCUCCGGGGAUCACACCGAGCUCAGGAGCUGGAAGGAGCCCUGCCACCCUCAAAGCUGCCCGGAGGAAAUGAUUCCCCUUGGGGAUGGAGACAUUAGGACCAUGUGCCCCCUUCUGUCCAUGAAACCUGGAGAAUAUUCCUAUUUUAGUCCCCGUACCAUGUCAAUGUGGGCUGGUCCGGACCACUGGCGUUUUAGACCCCGACUCAAACAUGAUGCUUCCUCCAAAUCAGAGAACAAAAAGAAGAGUACAAAGAAAGAUUUUGAAAUUGACUUUGAUGAUGAUAUUGACUUUGACGUGUAUUUUAAAAAAACAAAGGCUUCUACUAUUCUGGCCAAGUCCACUUUGGAGAACCAGAACUGGAGAGCCACAACUCUUCCCACGGAUUUCCUCUACGAGACUGAUCAUCUUGUCCAGCUGCAUCUCAAACCAGGCACCAGGUUACUUAAGACGGCCCAAGGCCAGAGAGCAGGAACUGAACAUUAUGAAGAAAUUGGAGACUAUGAUUACAACAACCCUAACGACACCUCCAACUUUUGCCCUGGAUUACAGGCUGCUGACAGUGAUUACGAAGAGUCAGAUGACUUAUUCGUGGGACCAGCUGGAACCUUUGAUCUUACAUCCUGCCAGCCACCUAAGACAGCACAAGAGAAUGGUGUCGUGCCUGAAGUGCAAGGAUUGGACAUCACCACUUAUGGGGAGUCGAAUCUGGUAGCUGAGCCUCAGAAGGUAAAUAAAAUUGAAAUUCAUUAUGCCAAGACUGCCAAAAGGAUGGACAUGAAGAAGUUGAAGCAGAGCAUGUGGAGUUUGCUGACCAAGUUCUCCAAGCAAGCAGACACAGAGACAAACCACAGUGAAAAUGGAAAAGAAGAGGACCCGGGGAAGGUGGCUGAGGAGAAGAUGCUCAGCGGGCUCACGAAGGACCUGCAGAAGAGCCUGCCUCCUCUCAUGGCUCAGAACCUCUCUAUACCUCUGGCCUUUGCCUGUCUCCUACAUUUAGCCAAUGAAAAGAAUCUAAAGCUGGAAGGAACCAAGGACCUUUCCGACAUUCUGGUGAGGCAAGGGGAUUGAGUUUGGCCGAGAAAAGUUGGCAGAAGGGGGCUCAUCGAUUCUUCAGUGACCAGGACGUCUCCAGUCUGGGUGCUGCCGUGCGGCAGGGCUGUGGCAAGGCUGUAGCCCACUACCAAAGUGCCAGCUAUUUUGUCUGUUCUCUUCCCUUCUCUCCCUCCCAGUCUGGGAACUAGCCCCCUGAAGUUCUGUCUUUGAUUCAGCCCUGUGGUGACCACCUAGCAGGGACGAGCUGGUAAGGAUACUGUUCUUGAUUAUGAAAACCUAGAUCCAGACUUUGUAUCCAUGUCUAGUUUUUGUCUCCUAAGUUGAUCUUUGUUGUUUUCCACACUUUUGUAGAAAAUAAUUUCCCAGCAGGCACUGGUUGUCUUUAAACAGCUAUCUAAGCCAUGCACAUAAAAUACAUCAUAUGUGCACUUACAAAUGUAUAUAUAUUGUGUAUCCUUAAAAUAAAAUCAUUCUGAAUGAUAA